AUGGCAAACCCUUGGGUACUUCUCAGCAGGGAUUUGAAAUGGAUCUUUGUUGACCAUUUGCGUGACUUUGUAGUCGAGUUCCUCCUUCGCAACAGCAUCUUUGCCAUACGCUUUGACCCCGUGGCAAAUCCGAAUGAACCGACGAGCGAACUUAAUCUUAAAUACCUUCCAAACUGGUGUAGUAUAAUAUUUCUGACUGUGGCAACCAUCCUCACACUCCCUAUUUUUGUAUUUUAUCCUCUCAUGAUGUUGAAAGCUUUGGACAGAGAAUCCAUUCGCGACCCUUCUGGCACGCUAGAAAAUGCACACCCGGACGAAAAAUGGUUUUUCAUUAAUGGUGUGCUCAUAGAUAAACAAUUGUUGGAACAAAACUGCAAAUAUUUGGAGAAGCGUUUUGGUAGGGGUGUCACCGGCAUUCAUAACAAAAGUUAUGGCCCUUUCUGGGAUGUCAUUGAAACUUUCCUCCAGAGAAGCUUUAAUAUCGAAACAGUAUCAGUACGCUGGGCCGUGAGCAGAAUAAUUCCAGCACUCAAAGACGAAAAGGUCAAGACCGUCCGUAUGGUUGCACAUUCACAGGGCGGUGUAAUAGCCGGUUUGGUUCUGACGAAUCUAUACAUUGAAUUAAGCCGUUCGGGUAAGCAAGACCGUCUCAAGAAACUUGAAGUGUACACAUUUGCCAAUGCAGCUAGAGAAUUCGUCAAUCCUGGUAGGCUUGUUCGUCGCAUUGAGCACUAUGCAAACGAAAAAGAUCCAAUUCCAAUGUUCGGUGUGCUUAACAACAUUGGAAACGUGGAUUUUCAUGGUGACAUUUUUGUCAACCGAACCUUAAACAACGGCAAAGGACAUUUGUUCAACACGUUCUAUAGCUUCAAUGAGGAUGAUUACGUACCUGUGAGACCUAUAGAUGCCGUUCCUACGCUUUUGCAAAUGCCAGGCCAUGGAGGAAAUCUGCCCAUACGAGAUGCUUUCUUUGCAGUUGUUUGA